GUCCAGGGGCGGACUGACCAUUUGGAAAUUCGGGCACUGCCCGAGGGCCCGGGGUCAGUAGGGGGCCCCAUGAGAUGCCCCUGGUACCUUUUUCAUAGGCUUUUUUGCGUUUGGGCAAGGACACAGGGGCCCCAUGAUCCCCUAUUGCCCGGGGGCCCCAUGAGUUGUCAGUCCGCCCCUGAUGGUGUCUUAUCUCAUUGGCCAAUCGAGUGUGCAGUGCUUGUGUGUGUCCACAGCUCAUCUCUGCAUCACCUGUCC